UUAUAUUUAGCUUGAGAUAGGCCCAUGUUCCAACUCAUUUAAACUCCUCAAUACCAAAGGUACUCUCCUCAACUCAUCUAACAAAUCCACUCUCCUCCGGUGGCGCGUACAAUCACUCGCCGGCGAUUUACCUUUCAUGGGCCAGUCCUCUUCGACCCCCGGCUCUUCUCCGGGGUCAACCCACCGUCUCAGCCACCCCACCCCCACUACCCACCACCGUACCACCACCGUUCGACCCGAGACUCUCUCUCCGACGAAUGAAUCGAGUUCUGAGGACCUCAGAAGCGAUGCAGACUACAUCUCUGAGCUUCCCGACGAGUGCUUGGCUUGGGUCUUUCAGUCUCUCAGUUCCGGCGACCGGAAAGCCUGCUCUCUCGUCUGCCGGCGGUGGCUGAUGGUGGAGGGUCAGAGCCGCCACCGCAUGUCUCUCAACGCCCAGUCGGAGCUCCUCCCUCUCAUCCCUUCCCUCUUCUCUCGCUUCGACGCCGUCACCAAGCUCGCUCUCCGAUGCGACCGCCGAUCCGUCAGCAUCAGCGAGGACGCUCUGACCCAGAUCUCGAUCCGGUGCCCUAACCUCACGCGCCUCAAACUCCGAAGCUGUCGCGAGCUCACCGAUCUGGGUAUGGCCUCUCUCGCCAAGAACUCUAAGGGUUUGAAGAAAUUCUCAUGUGGGUCUUGCAAUUUCGGGGUCAAAGGCAUGAACGCGUUGCUCGAUCACUGCUCGUCUCUCGAAGAGAUCUCCGUCAAGCGCCUCCGCGGCGGCCGCGGAGGUGGCGGCGACGGUGGCGGCGCCGCCGAGACUAUUGGGCCCGGUUUAGCCGGUUCGUCGCUCAAAACCAUAUGCUUGAAAGAGCUCUAUAAUGGGCAGUGCUUUGGACCCUUAAUCGUUGGAGCGAAGAAUCUGAGGACUUUAAAGAUUUUACGAUGUUUGGGUGAUUGGGAUAGAGUUUUGGAAAUGAUCGGAAAUCGAAAGAACUCUGUGGUUGAAAUCCACUUGGAGAGGCUUGAGGUGAGCGAUGAUGGACUUAUGGCGAUAUCGAAUUGUUUGGAUCUUGAGAUUUUGCACCUCGUGAAGACUCCUGAGUGCACCAAUAUUGGGAUUGUAUCUGUUGCAAAACAAUGUAAGCUUUUGAGGAAGCUUCACAUUGAUGGGUGGAGGACCAAUCGGAUAGGCGAUGAAGGCUUGAUUGCAAUUGCUAAACACUCUGCUAAUCUUCAAGAACUUGUUCUUAUUGGUGUCAAUCCCAGUUCAGUUAGCCUCGAAGCAAUCGCUACCAAUUGUCAGAAAUUAGAACGAUUAGCGCUCUGUGGUAGUGAAACAAUUGGGGAUACAGAAAUCUCUUGUAUUGCUGUGAAAUGUGUGGCAUUGAAGAAGCUUUGUAUUAAGGCAUGUCCGGUAUCUGAUGAGGGUAUUGAAGGUUUUGCUUGGGGUUGUCCUAAUUUGGUGAAAAUAAAGGUUAAAAAGUGUAGGGGAGUGACGAGUGAUCUUGCGGAUUGGUUGAGGGUGAGGAGGGGAUCGUUGGUGGUGAAUUUGGAUGCGAAUGAGGUUGAAACUGAUGGGUUGGAUGCGAGCACAAGUGAUGGUGGAGCACAAGAAGACGGUGUGGAGUUUCCAUCAAUUGUGAGCCAAGUCACUGCUGCUGUGGAUGCUCCGUCGAGCAGUAAUGGCAGGCCAUCAAUGGCCACCAAGUCAAGGUUUGGCUUUUUUGUGGCUUGCACUUUCAAGAGGUGGUCAAACAGUGGUUCAAAUGAUAGUUUAUGAAUGUUCUGAACAAGAGUUGUAAAAAGAUUUCUUGUUCUGUCCACAAAUUUUCCCAUGUUUUUUAUCGCAUAGUACUUUCAGUUGGUGUUUAGUUUCCAACUUUAAUGUUGUGGUGCGUUGUUUAUGGCCUUCUGAAACAGUGCUGAUGCCGAUACCUAAACCCUAAACAGUACCGAUAUCGAUGUUUGUAUCAUGUAUCCGGGUAGUGAUUUGCGGAGGAAAUGGAGGGAUAUGUGAAAUAAAAUUGUAUUUCAGUCACAUAUCACACUACUUUUCCUUUCCUUGCUCAAAUUCCUCUCCAAAUCCAAGCACAGUCAACAGAAAUGUUACUGAGAAAUACUUUUGCUGUUCCUUAUGCUUGAUUACGUCUGCUAAUGCAUCUCCUGUUUUUAUCUAGCUUCUACAGCUGGUGUUUUCUGUGUUCUUUUGCUUUUGAUUUUGUUUUGUCUUUGUGGAAUUCGUGUAGCAGGAUUCACUGGUGUCCUCUAGAGUCUAUAGAGACGAUGGUGUUGGCUUUUGAAUGGGUUUAACUUUUUGUAUUAUGCCCAAUUAUAUGUAGCCAUGUUUUCAUGUGAAUCAACAGAAACUAUUUGGAUGAGUUUACCAUCAAUUUA